CCCCCUACACAGCUAUUGUGAAAGACUUGCUCGGCUUGUGGGUCUGUGUGCGUAAGACGGCGCAUGAGGGUCAGAGAGAAAUGAAAGUGUCUGCUGUCGUUGCAUCGUGCUCGGGAUUUGCUGAUGGUGGCACGGUCCCGGUCUGCUCGGACUAGGAGCGGCUCUCUCUAACCUGCGACACCACAAGGAGACGGAACUGCAGUCAGGGCUGUGACUGAGUCGACCUUUGAGCAGGCACGUGUGUAACGCCAGCGGCAUGGAGGCUCCGCUUGUCUGCCUGGACGAGGAGUUCGAGGACCUGAGACCGUGUAAGCUGGAUGAGCUGGAGGCAGAGCCGGCGCCGGCCCCCUGCAGGCCUCGUGGAGCCCCAACGCCGCCUCUGGCACCACCGGUCCGGGAGGACUUCUCCGAGCUGGAGAACUUCUCCGAGAUGAUGAGCUUUAAGUCCAUGGAGGAUCUGGUGAAUGAGUUUGAUGAGAAGCUCAAUGUUUGUUUCCACAACUACAACACGAAGACGGAGGGCCUGGCCCCUGUGCGCAACCAGUCGCACACUGACGAGGAUGAGGAGCGACUUCAGGAUGAAGAUGUGUGGGACGCUUUGACUGAUAACUACAUGCCAUCCUCUGUGUCCAGCUGGGACAGCUCCAAUUCAGAGACGCUGAACGGGAACCUCUCAGACGAUGAGAUCCAUGAAAAGGAAGAGGAGGAAAUGAAUGAAAAGAAUGAAAAUGGUAACUGUCUGAGUGAGGAACCUCUCAUCACUGCUGACCAGGUGAUUGAGGAGAUUGUUGAAAUGAUGGGGAACUCUCCUGAUCCGGGUGAGACUGAGGAAGAGGAGGAGGAGGAAGAAAGUGGGGUCUCCUCCCCUAAGAGCAACUCCUCUCUGCUAGAGGAGAUCCGCAUUCUCUCUCAGGCUUCAAAUAACAACUGCUCCUACGAAGGCCUGAGUCUGAUGCCCAGUUCCGCCCUGAUGGAGCUGCUCCAUCGCGUGCAGGCAGCGAUCCAGGAAUACUCGGAGGAACUGGUGGCACAACUCGCCCGUCGCGACGAGCUGGAGUUCGAGAAGGAGGUGAAGAACACGUUCAUCUCGGCCCUGAUGGAGGUGCAGAAUCGGCAGAAGGAACAGCGGGAUCUGAGCAAGCGCCGGCGCAGGGACAAGGCCAUGAGCAUGCAGACCACCGCCCGCCCGGAGAGGCCCCCCAGCAUGCCGGCCAAGCGCUUUAGCAUGGAAGGACUGUCUAACAUUCUGCAGUCAGGGAUCAGACAGACGUUUGGGAACUCAGGGACGGAGAGGCAGUACCUAAACACAGUUAUUCCAUAUGAGAAGAAAGGCUCUGCUCCAUCCGUAGACGAACUUCAAAUGCUCACAAACAUCCUCUAUGCCAUGAAAGAGGACAGUGAGAAAGUUCCAACCCUGCUAACUGACUAUAUAUUGAAAGUCCUGUGUCCCACGUAAACUGCUGGGUCUGCUCUCCUGUCUGUGGGACUGUGGGGAAGGCCGAUGGUCUCUCUCUCUCUCUCCCUCUCUCUCUCUCUCCCUCUCUCUCUCUCUCCCUCUCUCUCUCCCUCCCUCUC